AUGCGCGUGUUCGUGGGAGUUAUUCUUGCCCUGGUUUAUGGUCAUGUAAACAUGACCGAAAUGGGAUUUGGCCCGAACCUGAGGUGCUACCAGUGCAAUUCUCUGACCCAGCCACGUUGCGCUGACCACUUUGAUAACCGUACAAUGAUCCUUACUCCAUGUCCUGAUGAUGGACGAAAUUAUUCAAGAUGUGUUAAAAUGAUUCAAGAAAUGUACUUGGAUGGAAAAUGGACUCGCCGUUACUAUCGUGAUUGUGCAGUCACUGGUGUCAUCGGACUCGAAGAUGGUCGGUGGUGUCUAGACCGAAAAGGGGUAUAUCGAGUGAAAGUUCGGUACUGCAACUGCAACAAUAAGAAUGGGUGUAAUGGGACUAAACGCUAUGCUCCACAUAAUUCCUUCUUUUUGAUUAUGUGUGUGAUUUCUUGUCUAUUAGUUGAUGUGCUCAUGAGAAUUUGGGUAGAUGUUGAUGAAAAAACGUGAAAUAUCUAAUUAUCUCGUGACAUAAAUGAGAAGUUCUCACUAUGAUGUGUAAAAAUGGUCGGCUGUUUAAUCUGCACAAUACUCGGUGAAAAGUGUUUCAGAAAUUGCCCUUGAAAUCUACUUUCAUUUAAUUAAUGCUCCAUAAAACUUACCCACAUUUGAAUGGACUGUUUUAUGGCAUUCUUUGUUUUCUUUAAAACCUUUAUAAUUUCCCGAGAACGUGUGGUUUCAUGUCAAAUUUUACUCAGAUUAAGUGUGUUCAAUAAUAAGUCCACU